UCAUAGUUUUGUAAAUAGAAAGCCCAAAAAGUGUCUAAUUGAACUAACAUACAGGAGUCUGUGGGGACACAUUGUGUUCUGGAGACUUUAUAGGACCUGUUUUAUAUUUUCCAUCUAGAUGCUGCUGCCCACAUUACAUGAUGCAUGGUCCCUUCAACUUCACAGCAUAUAACAUUGGUUGUAUAACCAUUUCCCUCUGACCCAGUCUGAAAAUAUUCUUUGAAUAAAGAUCUGUUAUCCAAAUUUGAUAAAUGUUCUAUUUGGAUUAUGAAGGACAAUCUCCUAUUCAGAGAAUCUUUAACUUAAUCAAGUUUGCAAUGGUUGUUCAUGCCAGAUUAGGUAAUAUAACUACAGACUCUAUGGCAUAGUGAGUGGCUAUUAUUCUACCUAGCAAUACCACCUACUGUCAAAUGGAGGCACAUAAAGAUUAUUAUAACAAGAGUUUAGGCCUCAUUGACUUAAGGAAUCUAAUUAACAAACCUGUAGAGCCAGUACCAAAAACUAUGAGUUAACAAGGGCAUCAGUGUGUGUGUGUGUGUGUGUGUGUGUGUGUGUGUGUGUGUGUGUAUGUGUGUGUGGUACUGGAGUUCAAACUAGAGCAUCAUGAAUGCUAACUGUGUUCUAUCACUGAACUCCCUGUGAAUUUUCACUGCAACUCUAUUCAAAUUAUAUAAGCAAACAAACAAAAAAUAUAAAGAUGAUCCAAUUUCAAUCCAAAUUCAAUAUAGAAUUGAAACUGUUUUAAAAUAGAUCUAAAAAUCUAAAUCUAUUUUUCUAACUCUCAAAACUCAAGUACUAAAAGAUGAGCAAUUCAAUUAAAAGUAUACAAAAACAAGAGUAGAUAUUUAUUUUCCAAAGAAGAUAUACCCAUGGCUAAUACUGAAAAACAGCAACAACCCUCAUCAGGGAAAUACAGACCAGAAUCAUAGCCAGACACUCACCUACCUGGAUGGCUGGAACCAAAAAUUCAGAUUUGGGGGAGGAUCUCAUAUUGAAACCCUGACACACAGCUGACGAAGUAUAAAGUGCUGCAGCCAUUUUUUAAAGACAGCCUGCCAGAUUUUCAAGUGGGCAAACAUAGAGCCAUCGUACAGUAAGCAAUUCAACUCCUAGAGAAAUAAAAAUAUGUUCACAUAAAAUAUAUACAUAAAUCUUCAUAGAAACAAUAUUCAGAAGAGCAAAGAGGUAGAAACAUUGUCCAAGUGUCCAAAUAAACAUGAGCCUGCAUCAACCGGAAAAAAGUAAUGAAAUACUGGCACGUGCUAGCAUUUGGAUGAACCGUAAAAGCAUCAGGCUGAGGGAAGAAAGCUAACCGCGGAAGUCCACAUAUUCGGUCUCUCUGGUCAUACAGAAGUUUACUAUAGAGAAUCAGUGGAGACCAGAAAAGGAGACUAAUCAUUUGUUUAUGCUCUGCAUAGGGAAAAGGAGAAAAUAACCGUUAAAGGAUGCAAGGUUCUUCUUUGGUGUAAGAUAUACGCUCCAAAACUGACCUUGAUGAUGGCAGGCACAUCACACAUACUGUUUAUAUAUUAAAAGGCUCUAAACUUUAUACUUUUAAAUGGAAGGGGAUACUUAAGUACAUGUUAUAUCCCAAAGUAAAGACACUAUUCAUGCCAAAUAAGAAUCAAUCCAGGCCUACAUGUGUUUAUUUAUGAAAUAAUUUUCUGGUAGUUGAACAUUGGGAAAACCUACACUUCUCUCCGUUGGCUGUUGAGGAGAAGAAGCAGUCCAUCUGUACUUGAAUAACGCAUGGCUAUAUUGUGCAGAAUUCGCCAGUUGAAACUUUGCAUUGCCUACUCAUUUGUUACUCUAUACUGUAUAUGGUGUAAAAUAUGUCAACUGUCCCUAUGUUAUUUUUGAGACAUUUUUACCCCUCAAUGUGUGUUCUCGGGUUAAAUGUUUAGUACACUAUCUCAUUUAGUUAUUGACACAUCAGCAGCAUUACAUAUUCAACAGCAUGAGUGAUAAUUUAUUUUUUUACUUAUUUUCAUACAACACCUCAGUGUUUUUUCCAUACACAUGAAAGCAACUUAGAAAAAGAAGCCAGUGAUUCACAUGACAUGGUUUAGUCCACGGGUCUUGGAGAAUUUUGCCUUUAAAUCUGAACAUGUACGGCUCUAUAAGACCACAUGGUGGCGCUGCAGGUUAAGAAGACAGAGCAUAGACAGUGCUUCUGGAAUUACCUUAUCAGGACCCGUUUCUCACCACCUAAAAGCAAACGGCGUGCCUUUUUCAGCCAAAGCAUAGGUGAGUGUGAAACCUUAAAUAUUCUCUUUGGAGACUUGAUUCUGACGUUCUGGACUGUGAGAUACUGCUGCCACGAUCCUGGAUAUAUGGGAAGCAAACACUGAGGAAAGAGCCAUGGAGACUGCAAGGAUGUGCAAUCUGAGACAAAGGCAAGUCCUGGCUUUCUUUGUUUUGCUGGGUGUGUCUGGGGCAGGGGCAGAACUGGGUCCCUAUUCCAUAGAGGAAGAAACAGAGAGGGGCUCCUUUGUGGCAAAUCUUGGGAAAGAUCUGGGGGUGGAGCUGGCAGAGAUAUCCAGUCGCAGGGCUCGGAUCAUUUCCCAGGAAAACAAAGAGCAUUUGCAGCUCAACAUUCAGUCUGGAGAUUUGCUUAUAAAUGAGAAACUGGAUCGAGAAGAGCUAUGUGGGCCCAUUGAGCCGUGUGUUCUACACUUCCAAGUGUUAAUGGAAAACCCUUUAGAGGUAUUUCAGGCUGAACUGAGGGUGAUGGACAUAAAUGACUGUUCUCCAGUGUUCAGUGAAAGAGAAAUGAUACUGAGAAUACCGGAAAACAGUGCUCUGGGAAAUACAUUCCCAUUAAAUAAUGCUCUGGACUCAGACGUAGAAAUCAACAAUAUCCAGACCUAUAGGCUCAGCUCAAACUCUCAUUUCCUGGUUGUAACCAGCAACCGCAGUGAUGGCAGGAAGUACCCAGAGCUGGUGCUGCAGAAAGAACUGGAUCGAGAGGAGGAACCUGAGCUGAGGUUAACCCUGACAGCUCUGGAUGGUGGCUCUCCUCCCCGGUCUGGGACCGCACAUGUUCUCAUUGAAGUUGUAGACAGCAAUGAUAAUGCACCUGAGUUUCAGCAGCCAACAUACCGAGUGCAAAUUCCCGAAAACAGCCCCGCUGGCUCUCUAGUACUCACAGUCUCAGCCAACGACUUGGACAGUGGAGAUAAUGGAAAAGUACUGUACGCACUCUCUCGGCCUUCAGAAGAUAUUAGCAAAACGUUAGAAGUAAACCCUGUAACCGGGGAGAUUCAACUACGAAAAGAGGUGGAUUUUGAAACUAUUCCCUCUUACGAAGUGGAUAUCAAGGCCACAGACGGGGGAGGUCUCUCAGGAAAAUGCACGCUGUUACUGCAGGUGGUGGAUGUGAAUGACAAUGCCCCAGAAGUGAUGAUAUCAGCGCUUACCAGCCCAGUCCCAGAAAACUCCCCGGAUGAGGUAGUUGCUGUUUUCAGUGUUAGAGAUCCUGACUCAGCGAACAACGGAAAAAAUGGAAAAAUGGUUUGCUACAUUCAAGAAAAUCUACCUUUCCUUCUAAAACCUUCCUUGGACAAUUUUUACAUCCUAAUGACAGAAGGAGCACUAGACAGAGAGAGCAGAGCCGAGUACAACAUCACCAUCACUGUCUCUGACCUGGGCACACCCAGGCUCACAACCCAGCACACCAUUACAGUGCAGGUGUCCGACAUCAAUGACAACGCCCCCGCCUUCACCCAAACCUCCUACACCAUGUUUGUCCACGAGAACAACAGCCCGGCUCUGCACAUAGGCACCAUCAGUGCCACAGACUUAGACUCAGGCUCCAAUGCCCACAUCACCUACUCGCUGCUGCCGCCCCAGGACCCACAGCUGGCCCUCGCCACGCUCAUCUCCAUCAAUGCUGAGAACGGGCAGCUGUUCGCGCUCAGGGCUCUGGACUAUGAGGCCUUGCAGGCCUUCGAGUUCCACGUGGGUGCGACAGACCAAGGCUCGCCCGCGCUCAGCAGCCAGGCUCUGGUGCGCGUGGUAGUGCUGGACGACAAUGACAAUGAGCCCUUCGUUCUCUACCCACUGCAGAACGCUUCUGCACCCUACACUGAGCUGCUGCCCAGGGCGGCGGAGCCCGGAUACCUGAUCACCAAGGUGGUGGCAGUGGAUCGCGACUCAGGCCAGAAUGCCUGGCUAUCAUUCCAGCUGCUCAAGGCUACUGAGCCCGGGUUGUUCAGCGUGUGGGCUCACAAUGGAGAGGUGCGUACCACCAGGCUGCUGAGCGAACGCGAUGUGCCCAAGCACAGGCUUCUGCUUCUGGUCAAAGACAAUGGCGACCCUCCCCGCUCUGCCAGUGUCACACUGCACGUGCUGUUGGUGGAUGGCUUCUCUCAGCCCUACCUGCCUCUGCCCGACGUGGCACACAACCCCGCUCAAGGGGAAGAGGAUGUGCUCACGCUGUACUUGGUCAUAGCCUUGGCUUCUGUGUCUUCUCUCUUCCUGGUGUCUGUGCUGCUGUUUGUGGGGGUGAGGCUGUGCAGGAGGGCCAGGGAGACCUCUCUGGGCGGCUGCUCUGUGCCUGAGGGACACUUUCCUGGCCACCUUGUGGACGUCAGCGGUACAGGAACGCUCUCCCAGAGCUACCAAUAUGAGGUGUGUCUAAUGGGCGGCUCCUCUGGUACCAGUGAUUUCAAGUUCUUGAAACCGAUUUACCCGGAAGUUCAUGCUUAUGGUUCCCAGAGCAAUAGCGAUGAAAAUCCCACAUUUUGAAGUUUCUAAUUUAAUUUUGAGUAACGUUUCAUUCCAUUAAUAUAUAAUACAGCUAUAUAAAUAUUAAUUUAGUUGUAUAGUAGUUGCUACACAACAAAACUAACUUUGUUUUCAACUUCCAAGUGGGUCACAUUUAGAUUUUUACUGUGUUUUUACUUUAGUACUUUAGUGGUUGUUUCAUGCUUGAGUUUUGUUUGUUUGUUUAUGUUUAUGUUUUCUUACUAGUAGAGUAUUGUCACUUUAAAUUUGAGGUUUUUAAUUCUUUCAUAGUUCACGAUAAUUUGGUUCAUUUCUCAUUAUAGAAAACUGAGGUUUGGGGCUUUGUUAUUGUUUUGUUUUCUUUUGUUGCUAAGAAUUGACCAAGCCUUUUGCAUGGUAAGAAAAUGCUCCACCAUCGAGCUCUGCCUCCUGCCAGGCAUGCUUUACACUCAUUUUUAAAAGCUGUACAGUCUUUUAACUUUCACUGUGUCAGCUUUUGGCAGCUUCAUGAAUGGAUGUCAUGCAUUCUGAUUAUUAUAUCCUCUUGAUUAAUCUCCUUGCAACCCCCAUUACUUCCCUUCCUUCCCUACAAGUCCCUUGACAUGUUUAUGAUUUUGAGUGUUCUAAUAAUUUUUGUGCCAGCAUUCUGAUUAAUGAUUUCUGCACAUAGGAUGCCAUGAUUUGGACUCAUUCAUUCCUAACUCCUGUUGUCCCACUUGUUCCCUUCCAUUUUCAAGCAAGUAUCCCAUGCUGCUUACUUAACAUAGCUAUUUCAUUGCCCUUGUUUCCCGUCUUCCUUAAGAGUUCUUUCUUUUCCUUUCUUUCUUUUCUUUUUCUUUUUCAAAACAGAGUUUCUCUAUUUAGACCUGUCUGUUCUGGAAUUAGUUCUGCAGACCAGGCUGACCUCAAACUCACAGAGAUCCACCUGCCUCUGCUGCCUGAAUGCUAAGAUUAAACUUGUGUGUCACCACCACCCAGCAAGAGUUCGUUUUUAUGUUCAUUUCUAGUGGCAUAUACAACAGAUUGUGUCAUAUAAUGCUAAUACAAUGUGAUAGUCUGCAUGAAAAUCAACAUAAAUUUGAGCACAUUUAAAUUUUGUGUGACAAUAUUGAUGUUAGAAAGAUAAUUUUCAUGUUAUAUUGAAACUUUAAAAGUUGUCAAAUUUAAAAAUUGAAAUAAAUUAAAGGUUACAGAGAAAAUAAAUUUUAUCUCUAGUCCCUUUCUACACAGUUGUUUUUCAAAUUUGAUCUACUUCCAAAUGAUGUGUUUAAACUGCUUUUAUCUCUAUAGUCAACUUUUAUGUGUUAUCCAGUUUUUGCAGUUCUUAUUUCACAUUAAUGGUUACACAUACAAAAGGAACUCAUUUCCCUUAUCCUAGGGUAUUUUUGUAGAAUAAUCAUAAAAUGUUAUCAGUUUUGUUUCUGUGAGCUUCUAGGCUCAAACCCAAGACCUCCUAGAUGAGUAAAACUAAUACCAGUGUCCACCUGUACAGGUUUCCUAUGUAUUCAUACUUAGUAGUGCAGUAUGAUCACACU